AGGCUGGGGAGUGUGAGGCUUCCUCAGCUCCCAGGUGCAGGUGUGGGAAGCAGAGACACCAAGGUGGAUCAUGGCAACUUCCCUCCUCUUGGCACAGCUCCUGCUCCUGGGGACACUGGUUGUCCCAGCACAAGCACAGAAUCCAAGCACAGAAUCCAAGUGUGCCCAGCUCGGGAAUGCGACUGAAGGCAACUUCUCUGUGACAGUGACCCCUGAGGUGUACCAGGCAAACACAACCUACCUAGUGACAAUCAAGGAAGCCCAAAACAGCACCGACAACGAGCCCACGCAGUUCGUGCUGCAAGCCCUGUCCCCAGGGAACGAGUCCCUGGGGCAAUGGGAGGGGAUAACCCCGGAGAACUGCAGCUCUGUGGACUCAGCAGUACUGAACAGCACCCAGAAUGCAGCCAACUGGACAUCUCCAGGCACAAACGUGUCCUCUGUGCAGAUAAGGGCAUACAUCAUCUUCACUGACAAAUCCACCCAGUUCAAGACUGUGACUCUCACCAGAGCAGCAGAAACAACCACAUCAUCACCCACCAGCACCCCCAGCUCCGUGUCCACAGUUCGGGGCAGCUCCCUGUUCAUCGCUGUGCUCCAGCUGCCCCUGCUCCUGGCCAUGGGCAAACUGCUCUCCUAGAGGCCAGGGGAGAAGAUGGCCCAGGCUGUGCUGCCCUUUCCCUCCCUGGGGGUGGGAGGGCAGGCAGCUGAUCUACUCAGGAAAUGUUUCUGUGUGUUAGGAUGGUAACUGCACUCCAAACAUUAAAUUAUGAAGGUCUGUUUGAGCACCAGGCUGAUCCUCCCCUCACUCCCCUCCCCCAGGGCCAGCAAGCUCAGCCAGGUGAGAUGUUCCAGAGCAGGGCAGAGAUCCCUCUGCCCUGGGUUUUCAGCCAGAAAAGCGUGAAGUGGGCAAGGGCAGCCCCUGUGUCCCAGGGGACGCUGCAGGAAUCCACACCUCCCUCAGCCCCUGGGGUUCUGUGAAGCACAAACCAGCAGGAAAAUGCCUGGAGAGGAAGCAGGUCCCUUCCUCCUCAGGGUACCAGAUCUGCUGAGAAGCUCCAGGAAGGGGGAAGCAGAAUUGAGCCUGGGAAGGGAAACUCUGGGUUUAGGAUUCACGUGUCUCAGCCAGUUUAAAGCCCCUGGAGGAGACCCCCUCGCCAGGACAAGCUGGAGAUCCUGCUGGCAGGGCAUCCUCCAAAAAGACAUAAAUUCCCUUGGGAAUUUAUGUUCUGUAUUUGGUCCAGCAUCCCCUAAAUUUUUUUGUUUCAGUGGAUGACAUAAAGUUUUCUCUGUUUGGGUUUUUUUUUUCCCCCGGCUUUCUGAAAUGGCAGAGUGGGUGGUUUUUGUUCUUGUUUGUUUAAUCAGACAGCUGAUUUUGCUGUAGGGCAAGAUUGUAAAGGCCACUGAAUGUCUUGAUUUUAUUAUUAU